AGCUCAGGAGACGGCAUGGCGGGCAGCUCUGGAAAAGGGAAAAAGCGGCAGAGGGACCAACAUGAUGUCGAGAGAACAAGUGAGGGUCUUGGUGUGGAGGAGGGUCAAGGUAGCCCCCCGGAGCAGAACCAGGUCCUGUUCCCGCCGUCUUUUAGUGUCUCGGAAAUCAAGAACAAGCAGCGGCGCCAUUUCAUGUUUCUGCGGUGGAAGCAGCAGCAAAGGAAGGAGAAAUUAGCCAUUAAGAAAAAGAAAAAAAAGGAGCGAGAAGCACUUGGAGACAAGGCACCACCAAAGCCAAUACCAAAGACAAUUGAAAACCAGCGUGUGUAUGAUGAAACCACAGUUGAUCCAAAUGAUGAAGAGGUUACUUUGGAUGACGCUACAGAUGAAUUUGCACCCUAUUUCAACAGGCAGAUAGUUCCAAAGAUACUUAUCACAACAUCUGACAGACCUCGUGGGAGAACUGUGAGAUUCUGUGAACAGUUAUCGACAUGUAUUCCAAAUUCACAUGUUUACUAUCGAAGGGGACUGGCUCUGAAAAGAAUUAUUCCACAGUGUAUCUCAAGGGACUUCACAGAUCUGAUAGUUAUCAAUGAAGAUCGUAAAAUACCAAAUGGGUUAGUGUUAAGUCACUUGCCUGAAGGCCCAACAGCUCAUUUUAGGAUGAGUAGUGUUCGUCUGCGUAAAGAAAUAAAGCGAAAAGGAAAAGAUCCCACAGAGCAUCAGCCAGAAAUAAUCCUGAACAACUUUACAACGCGAUUAGGUCAUUCUGUUGGUCGGAUGUUUGCUUCUCUCUUCCCUCAUGAUCCUCAGUUUAUUGGUAGACAAGUAGCUACGUUUCACAAUCAGCGUGACUAUAUCUUUUUCAGAUUCCAUAGAUACAUCUUCAGAAAUGAGAAAAGAGUGGCAAUUCAAGAACUGGGCCCACGUUUUACCCUGAAAUUAAGGUCUCUUCAGAAGGGAACUUUUGAUUCCAAAUUUGGUGAAUAUGAAUGGAUUCAUAAGCGCCGUGAAAUGGACACAAGUCGAAGAAAAUUCCAUCUCUAACAGACUAAAAAUGCAGAACCGCUGUCUGAUUUUCUGCUACAUUAGUAGGAAUACACAGGCUGCUGUGGUGUUUCCUCAAGCCUACUCUUGCUCCACACAGAAAAACUCCAAACAAAUGGCUAUUUUCAUCAGGCAUUAUAUAUGAACAGUUGAGACUGAUGCUUGUUGCCUUGAGUAAAUACCUACCUUUGCUGCUUUUUAGAAGUGGCUAAAGAUUUCAUAUAACAGUACCAUCAUUUAUUGACUGCUCAUAUUCAAGGGAUUAUGAACUCUAUUCCUCAAAAUCAUGUAGUCUUAUUUAAUAUAGUACUUUGCAAAGGCUACUUUGCUUCUAAAGUGGACUCAUUAUCUUAGGAGUAGAAUCCUGACAUCCAGGUAACAGCACAUAUGGUAAUUUAAGGUGUUUAUAAAGAUCUUUUAUCAAAAGUAAAGAUUAUAAGAUAUUUUCACUA